GUUCUCUAGUUGACUGUGAAAACAGGCUUUAGUCUUUACUUUGAUAGAUUGUCAUUCACAGCGAUUGAAGCAGGACACCUUAAAACAAGCCAAAUGGCUGAACUAACAGAGAGUACACCAAAUACAACAGAUUAUGAUUAUGAUGAACUACCUGAAUCUAACUAUUGUUAUAUGGGUGACAUCUCUGAACUCAGUGCCCUGCUUAUCAGCAUUCUGUACUCUGUGAUUUUUCUCUUCAGUCUGCUAGGAAACAGCCUUGUCUUGAGGAUUGUCCUGAAAUAUGAAAGCCUCAUGUCUUUGACCAAUCUCUUCAUUGUGAAUCUUUGCAUCAGUGACUUGAUCUUCUCUUGUACUCUGCCCUUUUUGAUCGUGUACCAUUCCUAUGGGUGGAUUAUGGGUGAGUUUCUCUGCAAAGCUGUGAGUGGCAUCUUCUCUAUCAGCUACUUUUGUGGUGUUAUCUUUCUGACCAUCAUGACCAUCCUCCGGUACCUGGCUGUGGUGGAUCCUUUGUCAACACUGAGAACACAGAAAAAAAGAUCUGGCAUUUUGGUGAGUUUGGCUGUUUGGGUUACCAGCUUGUUGUUUGUGAUCCCUGAGAUCCUUUCUAUCCAAGUGACAACUGACAUUGAUGGCCGUUACGGAUGUUACUACCAAGCGUUUUAUCCCUGGGAGAUGGUGGAGUUGUGUCUGAAAGUACUUUUCUUCCUAAUAUCCUUCAUGAUCAUUGCCAUUUGCUACACCGGCAUGCUGGAUAUUCUUCUUAGAUCGAGGUCACAAAGCAGGCAUAGGACAGUGAGACUCAUAUUUGCCAUUGUAUUGGUCUUUUUUCUGAGCUGGGCCCCUUACAAUGUGCUUGGUUUUGUAUAUGCUCUAUCCGAACAGAAUGUCAUAGAGUCAAAAUGUCAAACCAAGAAGGACAUUUACUUUGCUUUUGACAUCAGCCGCACAGUAGCCUACUGCCAUUGUUGCCUCAAUCCGGUGCUCUAUGUCUUUGUUGGGGUGAAAUUCAGAAGGCAUCUGAAACUCCUCUAUAAGCAGUAUGCUCAGCGCCAUAGAGCAAUCCUACCUUCUAGCCCAAGACAUCAUUCUUCUCACGCCGACCUAUAUGAGGAACAAUCCUUAUACUAAAACAAAGACUGUUUGGCACCCUGCAUGCAUUAAUCAACCUAAAAGAAGAGAGGAGGGAAAUAUUUCUACAAUGCUUCCAAUACAAGCGCAACAAGUUCAUUUACGCAGCCCACUUCCUUGACUCAGAAGACGAAGGCAAGAAAUACCGCAUGAAUAAUUUGGUUUCUCGUGAAUUUUCUGUACUUUCUGUACCAAAUCUGAGUGUGAUGUACAAUUAAUCCCCACCUAUGGACUCCAGUUCCCAAUCUAGGAUGGCUGGUGGGUCUGGAGUUCAUAGUCCAAAACAGCAGCUUCUCUGUGUCCUGGAUUUUAAUAUAAGAAUGUUUUCUAAGCUACUUUGGCGAUCUUUUGGGAUAAAAUGGGAGGUUGGAGUAAUUAAUAAGUGAUAUGCUCCACCCCAACUCUUCGUUUCCUCCAUUUUGUUCAAGAGAACAGUAGAAGCUUAAUGUUAAAAUAUCUCUUGAGUGAACCAGGUGGAAAUGAAAAUGAAUAUAUAGUGAAUAUAGCAUCAUUGAAUCAGAGGAGGUUGUUAGACCACUACUUAAAGGAUAUCCAGAAAGAGAAUAGACCUCUCUAUUUGCAGCACAUAGCUCAGGAUAUGGCUGUCUUAUCUCUACAUAAAGACCUCAGGAGAGAAAGAGAUCAUUCCUGUUGUAUAUAAUUGGUCCAAUUUUGAUUUAUUUUUUACGUUCAAGAUGCCUGAUUACAUGGUUGUUGUGUGUCUUUCGGGCUGUGUGGCCAUGUUCCAGAAGCAUUCUCUCCUGACGUUUCGCCCACAUCUAUGGCAGGCAUCCUCAGAGGUUGUGAGGUG